AUGUCUGCAGCAAGAAAUGCCAAUGCAAGCGCAACUAAACCCACCCGACCUAACGGCUGGACGGCCAAACACGACGCCUUUAUCCGUGGCUGCGCCUCAAAUCACGAAGAUGUAAACUCGACCAAGAUUCUCUUUGAAACGGAGUUUCCCAACAUUCCCGUUUCCAAGGCAUGGAUUCAGUCGAGAAUGAAUGCGUGA